AUGGCAUCAAUGUUUAACGUCCUUUGGUACCUGGGUAGCAUAAUCGCUGCGUGGGAGACAUUUGGGACGGGCCACUUGUCAACGCAGUGGAGCUGGAGAAUCCCUUCGAUUUGCCAAGCGAUAUUCCCCCUUCUGGUCAUGAUUGCUGUCACCUUCAUGCCGGAGUCACCUCGUUGGCUGUACUCGAAAGGUCGAUAUGAAGAAGCCAAGCGUAUCCUUGUGACACACCACGCCAACGGAGACGAGAACGACGAGCUAGUUGCCAUUGAGCUCGACGAGAUUGCUCGAGCACUGGCACUGGAAAGGGAAACUCACAUCGCGUCAUGGAGCCAGAUCCUGAGCAAUAGGCCUAACCGCAGGCGAUUCGGAAUCGUAAUCUCGGUUGCUGUUCUAACACUCUGGAACGGGCAAGGCGUUAUCUCCUACUACUUCUCGCCCAUUCUUAACAGCAUCGGCAUCACGAACACCAACCAGCAGACGGGGAUUAACGGAGGCAUGUCUAUCUGGAACCUUAUCUGUAGCGUGGCCGGAGCCCUUCUAGCCGAUCGUGUUGGCCGGCGACCCCUGUGGCUCGCUUCCUUCGUUGGCAUGAUUUUUGCCAAUAUCCCUCUGACCAUAUCUAGCGCGAUGUAUGAGAAACAUAACUCCCAGGGCGCGGGUUAUACGACCAUUGUGUUCCUCUUUUUGUAUAACGCUGCCUUCAAUAUUGCCUGCAAUCCGCUUCUGUAUUGCUACACACCGGAGAUCCUGCCUUAUAGCAUUCGCAAUAGGGGUCUUGCUCUUCAGGUGUUAGUAAGUCAGGCUGCACUCACGGUUAAUCAAUACGUCAACCCAAUUGCAUUGGAUCGGAUCGGCUAUUACUACUUCAUUUUUUAUCUAGGUAUGCUGGUACUAGGAACACUUCUCAUCUACUUCACAUUCCCGGAGACAAAAGGAUAUAGCCUGGAGGAACUCGGCAAGCUAUUUGAUGAUAGUUUCGAUGUUCAUCCCAAGCCAGCGAUAGUGCUCGAAGGCCAGGCAGCAGAAGAAAGUAAUGAUGCAGGGAAAUCGGGAGAGCAAAAAGCCGCUGGCUGCUAG